AUGACUUGCUUAACGUACGCGAUUGGUCUGGGUUCGUUGAAGACUGUUCAGAAGCUGCAUCAAGUGGGCGCGAACAUAUCAUUACCAGCCGAAUGGGAAAUACCGCGAACACCAUUGCAGGCUGCGGCGCAAGCUGGAAGCGUAAAUAUCGUAAAGUACCUUUUGGGACAAGGUGUUAAUCCAAAUGAGGCUCCGGCAAAAAGAGCUGGAGGAACAGCACUGCAACUAGCAGCAGCCAAGGGGCACGUCGGCAUCGCAGCAGCUCUUCUUGAUGCAAAUGCCGAAAUCAACGCGAAGCCAGCCAUGUUGGACGGCAGAACCGCCUUCGAAGGUGCUACUGAGCAUGGACGUAUCGAGAUGAUGCUGUUCCUGUUCCAUCGUGGCGCCAAUCUCCUUGCAGACGAGAGCAGACAGUACCGACGUGCUGUCCAGUUCGCCGAAGACAAUCUACAGCACGCUGCAAAAGAGCUCGCCGACGAAUUACAUGCGAAAGCAAUGGCAAGUGUUGGAACAAGCUACAUCGGUAUGGGUGAAUGUGGUUGGACUGGAUUCGACAUGGACGACUUUACAGAGUUCCUUCCUUGA